AUGUCAUCGGUAUCAUCGACACUCCAGGUCAAUAGUAUUAGCAGCCAAUCACAUCCAGAUGGUGAAAUAUCAAAUGGGAGUCUUGGGUCAGGCCAAAAUAGGACUGUUUUCAGCGAAUCACAGCAUAUUCCAAUAGUUUUAGAUAAUCUCGGAUCUUUGCCAUCUUGUGCGCAUCUAGAUCAAGUGUUGAGCUCGCGAGCCCAAGAAACAGUACUUGAUACUUAUCGGCAAGCGGUGCUCAUAUCACAUCAAAUCGAUAUAUCGACCACAAACUAUAGAACCAAAGACGGGGCAAAUAUUGAUCCUGAAAAGAUACUUGCCAAGAAGUUAUUGAGCUUAAAAUGCUCAGAGUGUGAUUCAUCUGACUUUCAACAAGUGAUGAUCUGUCUCCAAUGUCCCAAUGUUAGUUGCCACCGACAUGCCCACUCGCACUACAAGGGAAGCCAGCAUAUGUUUUCCAUUGAUCUGAAUUUGGGGUUACUAUAUUGUUUUAAAUGUAAUGCGUAUAUAAACCAUCCAAGGUUGGAGAAAUUAAGAUGCCAAGUUAUGGGAGUGCAAAGUGUGGAAGAUGUAACAAAAACAGAAGCUGAGAAUUAUAGCGAUCCCAAUAAACUUGCAAUGCUUGGUCUAAAGGGAUUUGUGAAUCUAGGAUCAACAUGUUAUAUGAGUUCAAUUCUACAAACAUUUGUCCACAAUCCAAUUCUAAAGACACGAUUUUUCAACAAUGACCUACACUAUUUCAACUGCAAAUACUUAUAUGAUCAAGAAGUCACUGGGUCAAUUCACGAGGGCAAUGCUUGUAUUACUUGCAGUAUAGAUAAAAUUUUCAAAGAAUUUUACACGAUGGAAAGUACAGAAGGUUUUGGAAUGACAGAUUUACUAACGACAGCUUGGUAUAAGCAAAAAUCGUUGGCAGGUUUUCAAGAGCAAGACGCUCAUGAAUUCUGGCAGUUCCUAUUAAACGAGCUUCACCUGGAUCAUAUAAGAGUAUCAAACCAGCACGGUGUUUGUACCUGCAUCAGCCAUGCUUGUUUCGGCUUCCAACUACAAAGCUGUGUCAAAUGCAACUGCGGAGCUGAAAACAUUACCGUGGAUCCUCCAACUUUCGAGCUUUCAUUGGAGUUAUCCUUUAAAAAUGACAAAAGUGACAAAAAUGACAAACACACGAGUAUCGAUUUGUAUACAUGCUUAGACCUGUUUACAAGGGAAGAGAAACUCGACACUCGGAUCUCGUGCAAAAGUUGUUUUAAAGAAGCAGGAGCCACCAAGACGCUUAGAUUGAAAAAUCUCCCGCCUGUAUUAUCCAUCCAAUUAAAGAGAUUCAAACACAAUAUACAAAACGAUACUUCAUCUAAAGUUGAAAUUGCAGUGGAAAUACCUUCAUUUUUUGACUUGAAUAAGUAUACUGUGGACGCUGAAGAUGGACAAAAGAUAUUUGAAUUAUUCUCUGUAGUUUGUCAUAUUGGACUGGUCAGCACUGGACAUUAUAUGGUAUACACUAAGAACUGGCAAGGUUUAUGGUUCAAGUUUGAUGAUAGUAUCAUAACUAUUGAGAAAGAGGAAGAUGCAAUGGAAGCUGCCAAGUCAAAUGGCUAUCUACUCUAUUAUAUAAUGCAUAAUACAUAA